UCUACAUUCAGCUUCUACAAUUAGCAGAAUACGAUUACACGCACGUACACCAAUGCCGAGUGGAGAUUGAUAGAACAAUUUAUUAUUGCGGAAUGUCAUCACAUGUGUCAGCUGUUCAAAAUGGAAGGUAUCAGGAUUGCGGGCCAAUGCCACCGAAUAUCGGAGUGCCACAUUAGCAGGAUCAAUUUCAAUGGACGGCAAGUGUUCGGGAACACAAUACGCCGAUCCGUACGGCACGUGGGACAAUGUAGUGGUGCAAGCAUCACUCAAAAUUAACAUCAAGGAAUAUUAUGCUACUGUAAAGAUAAGACAGAACAACGUGAUUUUGAGCAAAGGAGAGGUGUGCGUAUUUACGGAUGGAAUGUGCCUAACCGACGAGGAAGGAAAUGCGUUUUGGUCGACCAGGCCGGAGUCGUCCUGUAACUUCGAUAACUACAAGGUGCUAUAUGAAGGAUUUGCGACCAAAUUAAAAACCAUGGGUAAUACGGAAGUAUACCCGGACAUAUACACCAUCACGACUCAAGACGUUACAUUCACCUUGGAAAAAAGAGCAGAGCAUCAUUUGUGCGGAUAUACUUUACUACUGAGCGAGCAUCCAAAAUUAUUCAUUCUAGAGACGCAGAAAGGAAGGACCUUUGCGUCAAAAGCAAAAUUAUCAGUCGAAAACCUCGAUCUGUUCGCUUAUGUUAACUCCAAAUUUGUUUACCUCGAAAAACACAUAAGAACGCAAAUGACAGCCCUGUACAGCGACGUAAUUAGGCAAAAGUGCGAACUAGAAAAACAGGUCCUUAAGAACGCUUUGGCAUUAGCAACCCUCCGCCCAGAUGAGUUCGCUUAUACAAUCAUGAAGGCAGCUGGGUACAUGGCAGUAACUGUAGGGGAAGUCAUUCACAUAGUAAAAUGUACACCCGUCCCAGUCAGCAUUAGGCAAUCAGAAGAAUGUUACCAUGAACUACCUGUCACGCACCAGAAUAACAGUCUUUACCUGACACCAAAAUCGAGAAUACUGGUAAAGACAGGCACCAUAAAGGAAUGCAACGCACUACUACCAUCCAUGUACUACUUGGAGGGGAAUUGGUACAGACUGACACCGAAACCUGUGGAGGUACUCCCUCCUCAAACACUCCAACCAUUAACAAAGCUAGCAUGGAAAUAUAUUAAUACCAAGAACUUAAUGACGAGCGGAAUAUAUACGCAUCAAGACUUGGACAACUUACGGGACCACAUCAUGUUCCCCGCAGAGAGACCAGGACUUUUAAAUACAAUUGCCAGAGGAGCGACAGGACACCGCAUCCCACCUAACACUGUUUCGAUGUAUAACUUAUUGGGAGAAGCAGACAUCAACAAAAUUACGGAUAGCGCAAUCUCGAAGCUGUGGCAAGGCUUUUUAGCAUUUGGAUCAGCAAGUGCUGGAAUGAUCGGAUUAUUUAUCCUAGUUAAAGGCGUAAAAUUAUGUGUCGACGCCAUUAUCAGAGGAUACGUGCUCCAUACUGUCUAUGGAUGGAGCUUACAUCUGUUAGGAGCCAUCUGGAGUUCGUUGACGCAUCUACUUCUUCAUCUGGGACGAUCAGAUAAGCAAGACGGAAGGAAGACAACAAAGGGUGAAGGAAAUAGUGAUACCAUUGAAGUAACGGUGGACGACACAAAAGAUGAUGCUACUCCGACACCCGCAACCAGAGGAAGUUCAAAAUAUCCGAUUCUCGAAAGCAUCCUAGCAGCUCGUAAAAACAAGUCGUCAGAAAUAGAAAUUUCCUAACGACUCAAUUAAGGGGGGAGGUGUCACGUCGCCGUAUAACGACGUGUGGUACCCAAGCAUCUCUA